AUGUCUCAAGAUAAAAUCACCAAAUUAAUUAAGGAAAUAAAUACCCUAAAAUCAAGUUGUGAAAAAAUUAAUUCUCAAUUAGAAGAAUUAAUAACCCAAAAAGUAGAAAAUGAAAUUCUCCUUGAGGAAGUUAAAAAUUUAGAACAGGAUGCUGUCCUUCAUAAAUUAACAGGAUUAGUAUUAGUUCGUGAAGAAAAAACAAAAUGUUACGACACAAUAACAAGGAGGAUACAUUAUAUCUCUGGAGAAAUUGAAAGCCGGAAAAAAGUUAUUACCAACUCGGAGGAAAAAUUAAAAAAACUUUUUAGUGAUCUGGAAGCCUAUUCAAACCAAAGGAAAAUCGCCAUCCCACAAGCAUAA